GAAGUAAGGGAGAUUACAUGAACCUCUUUCAACAAACACAUUCAUGAAGAUGCCAUUUCAGAAGUUCAGAGCUUUCUUUGGAGGACUGUCUUUCCAAGGAGCAAGGUAGUGCUUCAUCUGCUGGUAGGAUUGAGAAUAUGAUCCUGUCCUUGAACUUCUCAUGAUUUAGGUAUACUUGUUUAAACCUUGUUUAGCAGAAAUGCAGAUGAAUAAGAUGAAUAUGAGCUGAAUAAGAAAUUUUGGGUUUUUCACCUUUCUUCUUGUGCUGUGGCAUCCACAGCUCUGACAUUUGCGUCUUAUUGAAGCCUUUCUCCAGCUCCAGGACCCUCCAUGCCAGAUGAAGCUGAUCAGGAAAGGGCCACCUGAGCUGUAUGCUGCAAACUAGUGGUGCACAUCUUCCUUUGGACUUCAUCUCUGGUCAGGUGGCAUAAGUUUCAUACAUAAAUUACAAGUUAUUUAAAAUAUCUGCAUAUAAAACACUGCAUAUGAAUAUCUGUAUGCAUAAAACACUUGAGAGGUUUGGUUCAGUUAAAUUGCAUAUGAAGUUCAUUUGAUGUGAUUCAGGUUUUCCAAGGGCCAGGUAUAUGCAACUUCUAAAAGGCAUCUGGCCACCUCGGAUCUUUAAGUGCUUGCUGGUAGUUAAGGUUGUGGGGCCUUACUGGUUAGAUAUUCUUUGACCCAGCUUGAAAUUCCUGCUGCUAUUAUUUGGUGUUUUGUUGAUUUGGUGAUACCACUUGAAGGUGUGUUCUGCUGCAGAAGAGAUCUUGUCUUUCAGUGCUUUCACUGUCACCCCAUGUAUCCCUGCAGUUUAAAAGCUGAUAAAGAAAGUAGUUUUGCUUGAUUGGUAAGCUUAGUAAUUUUUUUUCAGGCAGAUUUGUUGUUGCUUAUUGGUGUUGUAUGAGCAUGUCUUACACCUUUGUCACACUGGAAAUCAGCAUAAAUGCGGUACUGUAUCUGAGACUUUCCUGCCCUGUAGGACUUGCCCUGGAUUCAGUGGAUAACUGAAAUAACAACCUACUAAUGGUUUAAAGAUCAGAAAAGAAAAAGUUAAGUAUUAAAUUUUAUGUAACAGCUUGAUUAAGAGCAAGAAGGUGUUCUCAUUUUUCAAGCAAUUUUAUCUAUAGUAAAAGAAACUUUUUAGGUGGGUAAGCAAUUUUGAUCUAUUAGAGUUAUUUAAAUUGAUCACAGCUACAAAGAACAUUGCUACAAGAGAUGAGGUUAGAACUCAUUAGAUUUCGGACUUCAGAUAUGUGCCACAGUACAUCUCUUUCGUAUGGAAUGUAGGUAGGAAAAGCAAAGCACAGAGACCUGCCAGAUCUGAUAAGCCUCUGUUGUGGUGUUGAGAGCAUCACUAUGACAUAGCCUGGAUAUCCAGAUGAAGCUGGCCCACUGCUCCUCUUCUUUCUCAAGUAUUGAAACAGGUCUGUUUUGUUAGUUUGUGCUUUUAGUAUAGUUUUGUUUGGAAGCAACAGCAGAGGACCAAAUAACAAGACCUGCAUCAUUCAGAAGCUCUCAGAACUGGUUUACUGUUGGUAUUUGUUAUUGAUAAUGAUUUUGUGGCAAACACCCAUGUUGUAUGCAGGAGAUGUCCAGUUUUUAAAUUAGAAAUAUGCAAUCGUUUAGAUCUCUAAUUGACUUGUCAAGCAGUCACAUAUUGUAUAUAACUGAGUUGCGUAUUACUACGGCUGUAAUCCAUGUUCCUGCAAUACCCUUUUUUCUUGACAAGUCAUUGAAUGAAAAAUGCCAAUUCACUUUGGCAUUCAGAGCUUCCCUAAUACUAUUUCAGUGAAGGAGCCAUAUUUUUUUUCUACUGAGUGUUUGCUGAAACUGAAAGCCCCAACAGCUUUUGUGUGUGGUCCCCACAGAACUGCCCUCACAGUUGUACUGACAUCCAUCAAAGCACACCCAUUCCCAGAGUGUAAAAGUACCAUGUUACUGAUGUCAUCUCUCCAUCUGCCAGCCGUGCUAGUGAACACCUGCAACAGUACCACUGGGAACACUUCAGGAACAGGGCAGGUUUAAAAAAAUGAAAUAUGCCUCAUGGUUGUUUUUUUUUAAUUUCAAUUUACAUGAACAACAAAAUACUCUGUCCCAAAUGAAAUGUGUUUGUGAAAAAUUAACUUCAGCUGAUUAUUUUUCAUCAGGGUAAAAAAGUUUGAUGGAAGAUUUUGUGCCUAUAAUUCUGAAUAUUAAACAUCAAUAUAAAUAUCUCAACAAAUACUACUUAAAGUUACCAGAUGGAAGUAAUAAAAUACAUUCCCAUCUACACAUAAUAGACAGAUAGAAAAGGCUGGUCUGAUUUAUUAUCUCCAGUGAUUCACACAGAUAAAUCACCAAACCUUUUUAAGGACUUGGGCACCAAAACUUUUGAAAUGAAACCUGUUGGAUAAUGAGUAACUAAAAACUUUGAGAAAGGGCUUUUUUAGGAAAUCUGCAAAAAAUGGUAUGUAAAGUUCACUAUCGUUGUCUCCCUGAACUUGAAUCUGCUGGAUUCAUCCAGCAUCCUGGAUCAACAAAAUAUCCCCCAAUAUGAUACCAAAGGUCAGUCAAACCUUCUCCUAAACUGGGUUGAUCUUCUGACCCUCCCACCCCCAAAACGCAAAGCCUGCACCCUAAAUCACCUUCUCCAAAAGUAUCUGUUUAAUUUCUUUCAUCGUUUCCCCACAUGAUGGAAACACCAGCAGCAUCAACAGUGACGUGUUUCAAUGAAAAACUGCCACCACAUAGUAUGUCUAAUUAUCCUGCUUUCGAAAGCUAAUCUUUGCUGUUUUCCCCUUCAGAAGUGCUUGUGAUAUAUAUGGUGACAGACACAAUGCAGUGGUACAAGCUAUGAUGCUACCCUCUUUUUCCAGAGUUCUGCUAAUAACUGUGCCCACUGGGAAAAAAAGAGGGCGUAGCUACCCCCCAGGUGCAGGUACACCUCAGAUGACCAAGCAGAACGCCAUCGCUUGGCUUUGCGUUGUUUCUUGGUGGGACGGGGCCAGGGUGCUGGUUCUGCAUUGGUACCCCCACAUGGGACUGAAUCACAUGCACUGCAAUUUCUGACUGGAGCCACUGCUGGCUAAGGCUCUGCGUGUGUUUCCUUGAUAUGGUUGAUGGAGGUCACAGAGGGGGAACCUUUGUAUCACUGUGAAACUCCUCAAUUUUCUUUUCAUAUAUCUUUAAAAACAGUAAAAGCGACUCCCACAGGGACAGAGACUGGAUAUGAGGGGGUGACUCCAUCUGAGUUUGCUCUGCCUUCCCUGAGUGAGUGGGUGGGUGGGUGUUCCCACUGUUCUUUGCUCCCUCAUUUUAUGGUUUGGACAUAUUUUGAGCACACAAAAAUCUCAUUGACAGCCCAUUGUGAUGGGCUGAAGGAGUGUUCCAAACAGAUUGUUUUCCAGGGUCUUUCCCUGGCAUGAUUCCUCACCUUUGACUGUUUGCAAAGCUGUUGUAACGUGUCCUGAAAGAAACCUGCAGAAGAAAUGCUGGGCUGGUUCCUACUUGGCCAGGCUCCCAAGAGUGACACUACAGGUCAGUGGUUCUCUCCUGUGGAAUCCCAGUCCUCUUCCGCAUUCAUUUUCCUCCUCUUUGUAGUCCCCUAAUCUGAUAAAUCAUGUGGGGAGAGGCAAGAGGAGGAGGGGGAGGAGUAUGUGAUGUAACCUCCGCUCUGGCAAAGUUACGGAACAACACCACGCCAGGGUGCCUGCAGCUCACGGUGGUUUUGUGAUGGGUACCACUGGGAGGCUAUGAAUCGUGCUUAAGAGGCGUGAAGAUCCACCACAUCUGCAUGAGACCCAGCAGGUGAUGUACUCACCUCUCUUGCGGAGAAGAAAGCCGAGAACAACACCUGCUUAAUGGCACACACUCUCGCAGCUUCUUGUUUUGCUGCCUGCCACGUGUGCCCACAGUGAGAGGAGCGGUGGCUGCGUGCUGAGGACACCCCUGAAGAAAGGGAGGCACAAAGCCAGCUGCACUGCUGGGGUGAACUUCUGAAUGCCAUUGGAAAGGUCUCCUGCUAAAGGAAAGAAGGGAAGAGGAGGAACAUCAUAUUAUAUAUGAGUAUUCUACUUUAAUAUACUGUAUUAUAGAAUAUAUACAAGAUAAACAAACUUAAUGUAUAAACUGGGCCUCAGAAAGGCAAAUAACCAACAUAGCUCAGUUAACAUCUGUAGAGUUGCAGCAGUACUGAAGUAAUCCCAAACUGCCUGCUAACACGGUGAAUCUCCAAGAAUGCCUGCAGAGGAUGCCGUUAUGCCUGCUGAACUUGUGAUGGCUUCAACUUGGCAAAAGACUCAGGAAUUCUACAAUUGGGUCCUUGAAAGUGGAGAUCCAAGGACGGACCCGUGGCCCCUGGUCCACUCUCCACUUCCAGUCACACUUCUCUUUGCCUCCUACCUCUUUGUCGUGGCACUGGGGCCCUUCUACAUGCGUCGACGGAAACCGCUGAAGCUGCGAGGCCUGCUGAUUGCCUACAAUCUAACCAUGAUGACAUUAUCAAGCUACAUGUUUUACGAGUUCCUGGCAACUUCAAUCUUGGAUGACUACAGCUACCUGUGUCAGCCAGUGGAUUACAGCCAAAGUGAACUAGGAAUGAGGCAGAUGGCAAGAGUGUGUUGGUGGUUCUUCUUCUCCAAAGUCGUCGAGCUGCUUGAUACGGUUUUCUUUAUUCUGCGCAAGAAACAAGACCAGGUGACUUUUCUGCACGUGUACCAUCAUGGCACUAUGCUGUUCAACUGGUGGUCAGGUGUCAAAUACGUGCCUGGAGGACAAGCCUUCUUUAUCGGAAUGUUAAACUCCUUUGUACACAUCUUCAUGUAUGGCUAUUACGCCCUGGCCAGCCUGGGACCACAGAUGCAUCGCUACCUAUGGUGGAAGCGUUACCUAACCAUCAUGCAGCUGUGCCAGUUUGUGGCCAUUGCUGCUCAUUCUUCUUACAACCUCUUCACAGAAUGUCCCUUCCCUGAUGGCUUCAAUGCUGCAGUCUUCCUCUACAUUCUCAGCCUCAUUGCUCUCUUCCUACACUUCUACUACCGGACCUACAUUAGGGGAAAGCAGGAGAAGCUGACUUAAAGAAAAUCAAAGAGGAAAGUGAGCACCGUCUGAUGAACUUGCACAUUUUCUGCUGCUUCUAAAAUGAUUGGAUGAAGAAAACUUAUUUGGGGAGUGCAUGUGAGGCUCAUGUGUGCAGACUCACAGUUGCCUUCCAAUAUCUCAAGUUAGGGAGAAAAAAAGAAUGACAUAAACUCAGGGUUUAAGGUACUGAGGAGCACACUUAAUUAAGCUGAUGCAAAGCCAAGCCAAGUAGUCAUCAGCAUAGCAGCCUUUGUGAAAUUAGCACCAAAAGAUCUCCUCCUUACCUUCCAUCUGUUAGCUCAGUUUGCAAGAUCUAGCAUCCAACCAUGACUCCCUGGUCAUGUCUUAGGUUGUAGAGAGUUUCUUCGCAUUCAUAAGACUGUUUCAGCUUUACUGUUCUAAAUCAGGCAGGAUCAGGUGUCUCCAGCCUUGAAAGUAGUGUCCAGGUAACAGCAUCAGCCAGGAACUCACUGAGACAGCAGGAUGCCCUGACCUAUAUGCUGCAUCCCAGCCUUUCCUCUUAAGGAUGCUCUCCCUGGGACUGGGGUGAAUUACAGCUAUAUGGCCCUGAUGGUUUAACUUUAUAUUAGUAUAAGCAUGAAGGAAAUUUGUCUUUACAUUGUCCAUCUGGACAGGUGCCUCUGUUCCUUCACUCUUUUGAAGCUAAAGAAAGCAUUAUUAUUAGCACCUUCAUCCUUAAGUAACAAACUAAUACAGUAAGAAACAUCAUGUACCGUUUUCUGGAAUGCUUGUUUGCCUUUGGUUGCUCUCAUAACAAUAGAGAGCUUUUAAUGCAUGAAGACUACUUGGAAUCUCUCCUUAUAGAUGCCAUAUUUUUUAGUAGAAAGAACAGAUUUGUGGUUCCCUAUUCAUAACUUUUUUACUCUACUUUGUUAUUAUUGUUAAUAAUAUUAUUAUUGUUAUUUCAAAAUUUUGCCUCUUACUACAGAUAAAAAAAUUUAUGCCACUAUAAGCAACCAGCUCCACUAACUAGUUGUACAAGUAUUAAUACAAAAUGUAUAAAGUCAACCCACUGGCUAGCGCAAAGGAGCAUAGCUCCAUUGACUGUAGCACUUACUUGUUGGCUUCUUUUUUGCUCCUAAAUCGAUUACAACUAGAAUUUGGUAUUUAUAUUCACCUGCAGACAGUUAAAUACUGUUAAAGUUUUGAUCUGCUAGUGCUUUGAAAAUCCUAAAUUCAGGUUUUAAACUACAAAGUGGUAUUUAUUUAUUGCAUUCACCUCUGUUGAUUAAAACAAGUAUUGUGAAGUAGUGAUUUUUUCACAGUUGAAAUACAAGGCUCUUGAAGGAGGGAAUUAGAAUUAGUAACAUGCUGGAUUGCCAUUGCCAAGCCAAAUUCACCUCAAAUGUAAAGAAGUCCAACUCCUCUGGGAAUGUCCAGAGGAUUAGAUGCGAGCCUGAACCUAGCAAACGGAUGUACACAAAGAAAAAAAAUAAAAAAAAAUAUGCUCUAUACCAAUCUGGUUAUGCAAAAUAAACACAACUUGUUCAUUACUGGUCUGUGUUCAUAUGCCAAACCUCUCCUUUAGCUACUACAUGCACAUGUAUAAGAUAAAAAAGUUGUCUUCCAUUCCUUGCUCUCCUUACCUUCACACACAUACACAAAGGAUUUGCUUACAUUACCACUAUGACACAUCAUAAAUGUCAUUCCUUUAAUUUGGGUAGUCUUUCUUCUGGUUUUCACUGGUGACUAUGAAAAGUAAGCAGGGCUUAUUUUACGUCUAUGUGCUAGCUUGUUUUCUUCCUGUCAAAUAGUUUUCCACACUACUUACUAUAUAAGUUGUACUGCCUUUGCAUACUAGAAUGCUAGUUUUGUUAGAGCUUUAAAUAAUAAACCUCUGGGUGGGUCCUCCA